UGGCUAUCUUGGUGGUGGUCGCGUUCUGGGGCCCAAUACUGGCAGGACCUAGCGGGCCGUGAUCAUUCCCGUGGACUCUGGGCACAGUACGGGAUCUGGAGUGGGUAGUACCACCGGGGUUUAGAGAGGAGAAUGUGUUCCCACUUUCCUGUGUGGUGCAGCAGUAUGCCUGGGGGAAGGUGGGCUCCAAAAGUGAAGUGGCAUGCCUACUGGCUUGCAGUGACCCACUGACCCAGAUCUCAGAGGACAAGCCUUAUGCGGAGCUGUGGAUGGGGGCACACCCCCGGGGAGAUGCCAAGAUCCUUGACAACCGUAUUUCCCAAAAGACCUUAGGCCAGUGGAUUGCUGAGAACCAGAACAGCUUAGGCCAAAAGGUCAAAGACACCUUUAACGGAAAGCUGCCCUUCCUCUUCAAAGUGCUCUCAGUGGAAACGGCCCUGUCUAUCCAGGCACACCCUAACAAGGAGCUGGCAGAGAAGCUGCACCUUCAGGCUCCAGAGCACUACCCCGAUGCCAACCACAAGCCAGAAAUGGCCAUUGCCCUUACACCCUUCCAAGGCUUGUGUGGUUUCCGGCCAGUGGAGGAGAUUGUGACCUUUCUGAAGAAGGUGCCUGAGUUCCAGUCACUGAUUGGAGAGGAUGCCACAGCACAGCUGAAGAAGAGCAUGAAUGAGGGUUCUGGGGCCAUGGCCUCUGCUCUGAAGAACUGCUUUUCCCACCUGAUGAAGAGUGAGAAGAAGGUGGUGGUGGAGCAGCUUAACCUGUUGGUGAAACGGAUCUCCCAGCAAAUAUCUAACGGAAACAGCAUGGAUGACAUUUGUGGGGAGCUCUUGCUACAGCUGCACCAGCAGUACCCGGGUGAUAUCGGAUGUUUCGCCAUCUACCUCCUGAACCUGAUCACCUUGAAGCCUGGGGAAGCCAUGUUUCUGGAGGCCAACGUGCCCCAUGCCUACCUGAAGGGAGACUGCGUGGAAUGCAUGGCAUGUUCAGACAAUACCGUGCGUGCUGGCCUGACACCCAAAUUCAUUGAUGUGUCAACCCUGUGUGAAAUGCUCGACUACACACCUAGCCCCAGCAAAGACAGACUGUUUGCACCAACACUGAGUCAAGAUGACCCCUACCUCUCUAUCUACGAUCCCCCUGUGCCAGACUUCACAGUUAUGAAGAUAGAGGUCCCUGGCUCCGUCACUGAAUACAAAGUCUUGACACUAGACUCUGCCAGCAUCCUUCUGUUGGUCCAAGGGACAGUGACAGCUAUCAUACCUUCAGUCCAAGGAGAAAUCCCUCUGUCCCGUGGUGGAGUGCUCUUCAUUGGGGCCAAUGAGACUGUCUUACUGAAGCUUACCGUACCAAAGAAUCUGCUGAUAUUCCGGGCCUGCUGUCUGCUGUAGAGACCAGUUCUUAGUCUCUCUGCCUAGCACUAUAUUCUGGCCAGCUCCACAUCCUGGAGAUCCAGCCCAAUCCCUGUCCCUAUUGUGCAAUCUUUGAAUACAUACUGGAUUAGAAUAGUGAGUUUGGAAUUAGUGACUCCAGAGCAUGCCCAGGCUAGACCAUCUUCAGGACAAAGGAGUCUGUGUGAAGCCUGAGGCCUGCCACUCCACUGUACCUCUCAACACUCCUUUACCUCUGAGCCAGGUGUGUCAUCCACUAACCAGUCUGCCCCAGCUGAGGUGUUAGGCUAACAAAAUGUGUGUCACCCACUGUUAGCUCAGCAUCCUCUCAGCUGCAGAGAAAGGGAAGUGACAGGCCAGUGGACUAAUGAAGCUUGUUCCCCUCUAGCUCUAUCAAAGUAAUUAAAGAUCAUGUGUGUUGAGGA